AUGCAGGCCUCAAAGCCAAAGUCUGUCGGCUCCAUCGACAAGAAGCGAGCUCGUGAUCGACGCGCCCAACAGAAGCUCCGCGCAGACCGGUUAAAUCACACCCACUCGCUCGAAGCGGAAAUCGUCCUACUAGAGCAACAAUGUAAAGCGUACGAAAAAGAGAUACAGGAGCUCCGAACUGAAAAUGAAGCUCUACAGUCAGCCCAACAGCGCAUCCGAGAAGUAGUAUGUACAUCUGAGCUAGACAACAAUGAAACACUGGCGAACUGCGAUGGCCGGCCACCGAAAUCCGCGAAGGUCCGCUCCGCUAUACCACACGUGUGCUUGCACCAUACUGCUCAGUAUCCAACAGUUUCAGGACAUCCGUCGGGUUUCUUUGGAUAUCCCCAAAAUGAAUCGGCACCCCCUAUUGGAUCCAAGGUCCAGUCGUCCAAUGGGACACCGCUCUCACCUGCCAAGUUCACCGGGUUGAAUCCUGUUUGCGACUUAGAUUUGUCUCUUUGGAGUAGGCUCCCUCUCAAUUUUGCUCAGGAACCGCAUAUUUCCGAGAACCUCUACUCUUGCUUUAACCGGCCGGAUCUCGUGCAGGCAUCACCCGACGAACCUUCGCCGGUAGAACUCCUAUACGGGUCAAGCCAAAACUUUUUAGCCGAUAGAAUACACAAGGCGACAAGAUUUUGGCCCAUCUGUGAUCCUGAACGCCUAGCAAGUGGCCUUCUGACUUACAACAUGAUAAAAUGGCUAACACGGCCUUCCCAAGAAUCUUUCGGCCGUCUGCUUGGAUUUCAAAGGCCAAUAAACGACCAGCUACAGCGCCCACAUCCGCGUUGCAUCGACUUUGUUAUGUGGCCAGUUCUCCGUGCGAACCUAGUCAAGACUUUCCACAAAUACGACCUCAAAUUAGUGUUCGCCGCGUUUACAUGCAGUCUCAGAAUCCGGUGGCCCUGGGGCAAAUCUUUCUUGGAGCCUGACGUGACGAAUUCAUUGCGAGUACAUAAAGAAUUCUAUGAUACCUUCACCAAAAUUGAGGGAUGGGGUCUAUCCGAUGAGUUUCAAACCCAAUACCCGGAGCUGUUGGUCGGUAUGGAUAUUGGAACUCUCAAUUAUUCCAUCUUUGACCCAAUGCCUGCUUCUUGA